AGAGAGAGAGAGAGUUUUUUUUCUUUUUAAUUGCGUCUUCUUCUUCGCGUUAUCGAUCUAGGGUUGCAUAAAGCAGGGGAGGAACAAAAUUUGUGAAAGAGAAGAGUUUUGGUUUCGCUUUCUUCCUUCUCCUCCCCCCUUCGCUAACUCUCUUCCUAUGCGGAAGCGCUCAGCCGUGGCAGCGACGCCUGCGGAGGUCGCAGUCGAGCUGGCCGUCCCCACGCGGUACCGCGGCGUCAGGAAGCGGCCUUGGGGUCGCUUCGCCGCCGAGAUCCGAGACCCCUGGAAAAAGUCCAGGAUUUGGCUCGGUACCUUCGAUUCCGCCGAGGCUGCGGCCCGCGCCUACGACGCCGCCGCUAUCGCCCUCCGUGGCCCUGACGCCAAGACCAACUUCCCCUCCCACCACCGCCUUCCCCCACCGCAGCGCCCGAUGUCCAGCAGUCACAGCAGUACACUGCAAUCAUUCAGCGGGCCUCGGGUUCCCUCCCGCACAUGCCCUUCGACUGCCAGGAGGCUGGCGGAUCCGCCGCCCCGGCUCGACCUCCCUGAAGAAGUGGACUGCCGCAGCGAUUGCGGAUCGUCUGCCUCUGUUGUGGACGAUGGUGAUACCUCGUCGUUGGAGUUCUGGCGGCUGAUGCCGUUUGAUCUCAACCAGCUUCCGCCUCCUGAGGAUUACAUUCACGACACAGUUCUCCGCCUCUGACAUUUUGAUCCUCACUACCCUGCCGGAAAAAAGGAACCUCUUUUUCUGCUUCCUCAUUCUCCAGCUUCUUAGGUUUGCCUCACAAUUAUAUGCACUUUUGUUUUUCAUCUUAAUCUAUGUAAUUUGAGCUGCAUUAGGGUUUGAGGAUUGAAUCUUACCAAACCAGAUAUGGAGUAGCAUGUUUCAGAUCUGCUCCUAUUCUUCUUUGUACAGUGGCAACAUGUACCUGAAUCCUGAUAUUAUCCUGAAACUAUUAUUUGUGGUAAA